CGCAUAUCUGCAAAGAGACUGUGUCGGUGUUCAACGUUUAACGAUCAGUUUUUAGAAAAAAUACGGCAUUACAUUUCUCAUCAACUUACCGGGAAUUAUGAAGAGACCAAAACAUCGGUUUGAUGAGGUUUUCUAACAUGAAGAUACUGUCGAUGGUGUUGAUAUGGAUGCUCAUCUUCGGUCAUUCAGACGGGAGAAGAUGGAGGAGAUUAAAACGUACGGAGCAGUUCGGAGUUAACGCUUCAAAGAAGACAAACAAGGCGACGAACAUCGCUCAGAAGGCUGCCCAGGAAGCGAAGGCAGCUUCCGACGCUCAGAACAUAGCCGGAGCCCAAGCUGCUCAUCAAGUCAAGUCUCAGCUCGCCGAAAAAGCCAUAGAAGCUGCUAAGGCCGCGGAAGCUGCGUUGGCUGGUAAAGAAGCGGUCGUCGAUCAGCUCCAGGAGGAAUUCAAGGAGGCUGAAGCCGUCGUCCAGGAGGAAAGCUCGUCCCUGGAACAGACACAGUCGAACGUUAAUUCUGCUCUUCGAGCCGCUCAAGAAGUUCAACAGGAGCUAAAAACGUUGCGACAGGCGGUUCAAACGGCGAACGCAAAUUUGGGGAACGCCGAGGCGGCAGCUCAGGGUGCGCAGCAGGAAUUAAGCGAAAAGCAGCAGCUGGUUGAGGCGGCUAGACACAGGGUCGAUGAGCUUGGAAAGCAGCUGCAGUCGGCGAAGGUGGAUUUGACGAACACGAAGCAGGCGGCUUACAGAGCCAGCGCAGCAGCUCAUUCGGCGAAACUGAAUGCGAACAGGAACAAACGAGGACAAGUUGCAAUUUUGGGGUGAAAUGGCUGGGGUUUAAAUAUUUUCCUCGUCCUUUUCCUUCGUCAACUUUUUCUUUUUUCUCAUCAUCCUUCCACGGUCAUUUGUAUCGGCGGUUGGUUUUUGACAACUGACAAAGUUCUGCUUUACUUACCGUUGGGAACGCGACUUAUCCAGACGCCUUUCACUCCUUUGGUACCGCAGAAGAUAUUUACUACUCAGCUAUGUGGCAAAAGAAUAGGAAUAAAAUAAUAACCCAAGGUGUAAAAUAAAUGUGAGUGAAAAUUUAUAACCGUAUUGGAGAACUGAUGUAAAGUCAACUUCCGAUCAAAUAUUUUUACCUGUGUAUUGUCUUUAUCAAUAAACUUGUU